CCCCAAUGAGGACGUUAAGAAGAUCAUCUCAACCUCAAACACGAAGAUAAAGCAGACACCAUGUCCAUAAAAAACAGCAUCAUUGUGGAGAUAAUUGAAGGAAACUACCCUUUCGAGCGACAUGGGGAUCGCAAAUCUCCAGGUGGACUUAGCAUACCUGUACAAAGUAUGGACCUCUCAACCAGGCAAAGACUGUACAAGGAGCUUGAAAAGGACAUCAUGUCUGGAACAGCAUUGUCCAAGAGCUUGGAAACGAAGAUUGAAACGAAGACGAAGUUACCUAAGACGACCCACAUGAGCUCCAAAGAAAGAGAAGAGCUGAUGAAAGACAUUCGGAAGGCCAUGAGCUUGAGUGAUAAACUUCUAGAUCUAUUGAUAGAUGAAAGGAAUAAGAAGAAAGAUAGUGGAAGUGGAGGGACGAACGAGAAGAAGACUGCAGGUAAAGCACCGAAAUCAUCCUACCCCAAAUUACCCAGCCCUAAAGCACCCACUCCUAAAACACCACGCUCUCCACCUCCUCACUCCCCUCCCUCUGCAUCCACUCCCAAAACACCAGCUACUCCACCACUUCACUCGACUCCCUCUGCACCAACUCACAGACUAAAAUCUCCAGAUUCCAAAACACCAAAAUCUCCACCACCAAAGACCCCGACAAUCAAGUCUCCACCGCCGAAAACCCCAACAAUCAAAUCCCCACCUCUAAAGCCUCCCUCAUCAGCAUCAGUCCACUCCUCCGGCCAAUCACUCGCCACAGUCAGCAUCAGCAAAUUUCCCCCAGCCACCAAAGUCAGCGGUACGCACAAAGCCAGCGGUUCCACUCCUGUAUCCGGCACAAAGGCCAAGAGCGGCAGCGAAGCCAAAGCCAGCGGUUCUACUCCCAUAUCCGGAGGCUCCAAGAUAAAAACGGCCAGCGGAUCAAAACCAGCCGGCUCUGCUCCCCCAGCUACCUACAGAACGAACCCCGCACCCUCCCUCGUCUCCAAGAUAAAAACCGCCAAACCCAGCGGCUCAUUUCUCCCACCCAGUCACAUAUCCAACGCGCCCGGACCAACAGACGCUCGACCCACAGACGCUAGAACAAGACCAAGAACCGGCAGCGGAUCCCACGCCGGUAGUGCCGUGCAAGCCGACUCCUUCAUGACAGGGAGAGAGAGUGCUCCUCCUCCCAGCGGUGGUGGCUCUGCAGCGGCGGCUGGGAAGAGCAAAAGGACGCUGGCACCUAUCUCGAAUGCUGGAGCGGCGUUUAUAUCGUCGACUCCGCCGCGGAAUACGAGGGCGCCGGUGUCGCAGAUGCCGCCUGGGUAUGGGGCGGCGAAGACGGGGAAGAAGGAUGGAUUUUGA